AACUUCACUCGGUUCAGUUUUGACGUGACACGAAAAGGGUCGGUCGACGAAAAUGUUCUCAAUAAAACUAUUGUUCUGUGCGUUAUUAUUAUGCUUCACAGUGCGUGCCAACAGCCAGACGGUGCAUAGACGGUUCGAAUACAAAUACUCAUUCAAACCACCUUAUCUGGCCCAGAAAGAUGGAUCGGUUCCCUUCUGGGAGUAUGGAGGCAAUGCGAUAGCGUCAGGCGAGAGCGUGCGGCUUGCGCCGUCGCUCCGAAGUCAGAAGGGCGCCAUCUGGACGAAGCAGCCCAUCAAUUUCGACUGGUGGGAAGUCGAUGUCAUGUUCAAGGUCACCGGCAGAGGGCGCAUCGGUGCCGAUGGUCUGGCGUUCUGGUAUACAUCGACGCGCGGCGAUUACACCGGCGAGGUAUUCGGCUCGUCGGACCGCUGGAACGGUCUAGCUGUCAUCUUCGACAGUUUCGACAACGACAACAAACACAACAACCCGUACAUAAUGGCGGUGCUGAACGAUGGAACCAAAGUCUUCGAUCAUAAGAGCGACGGCUCCACGCAGAUGUUAUCGGGCUGCCUGCGCGACUUCAGGAACAAGCCGUUCCCGACGCGCGCGCGCAUCGAGUACUACCAGAACACGCUCACCGUGCACUUCCACAACGGAAUGACAAACAACGAGGCGGACUACGAGCUGUGCUUCCGCGCCGAGAACGUGGUGCUGCCGCGCGGCGGGCGCUUCGGGCUGUCGGCCGCCACGGGCGGGCUGGCCGACGACCACGACGUCGUGCAUCUGCUCACCACCUCGCUGCACAGCACGCAACAGGCCGGUGGCCAGCAAAUCAGCAACGAUGAGCAACAGAAGCUCUCACAGGAGUACCAAGAGUAUCAACGCAAACUUGAUCAGCAGAAGGAGGAUUACAGGAAGGAACACCCUGAUGAGGUGCGCGACAAGGAGGGCGAGUUCGAGGACUGGUUCGAGUCGGACGGGCAGCGGGAACUCCGGCAGAUCUUCCAGGGCCAGGGCCAGAUCCACGACGUGCUCAGGGAACUCAACAAGAAAGUGGAUGAGGUGAUCGGCAAGCAGAUGAACUCUUUGUCCAUGUUAUCAGCUGUGUACACACACGCCCAAGGACAGCCCAUAGCCCAGCAACAGCCCGGACAGGCCCCUAUGCAGAUGGGUGGGCUGCCGGUGGCGCGGGCCGACUGGGACGCGCUGGUGGCCAACAACCAGCUCAUCAUCAACACCAUCGCCGAGCUCAAAGGGUUCAUAAUCGAAGUGUCUCGCAAGGCGGACGGCAUCGCGGCGGCGGGCGGGGCGGGGGCGGCGGCCGGCGGGGGUGCGAGCGGGACGGCCAUCAACCCGCAGUUCCUGGCCGAGAUGAGAGAUAGUCUGCAACAAGUGCAGCAGACUGUCAACGGAGUCGCACAGAGGAUAUCCUCCCCGGCGCACGCGUCGGCUCAGACGUCGUGUCCGACGCCCAAUUGCGUGGGACUCACCGCCCUAGUAAUGGUGGUCACGUCGCAACUCGUCGUCAUGUUCCUUUACAACCUCUACAAAGAAAGAAAAGAAGCGCAAGCGAAGAAAUUCUUCUAAGGUAGUCCCCCCCCCCUCCCCUCCCGCACCCCCUCACCAUGUAUCGAUAUUACGAAUUGUAAUAAAACAACAAUAAAUACUCAUAUGUAUAAGAGCGAAGAUCUCUAAAAUAUCUACACAUUUCGUCUAUGUAAUAUAUCAUAUUUUCUUAUGAUGUGAAAUAAGUCUCAAAUCCUGCUGAUACUAUUUAUCGCAUAUACAAGGUGUAAUACGAAUAACCCGAAAGAAAGUGUGUUCCUGAUCAUAUUUAAAGUCUAAAAUGUUAUAUAUAUUUUUCCAGAGUUAAUAACAAUAAUAACAAUAAAAAAAACAUCUUCGUAUUGUUGCGUAGUGCGAAACGCGUUUUUGAUGGUGAUGAUUCCCUUAUGGGGCGCAGUCUAAAUAACUUUAUUGACAGACAUCACUAAGUGACAAGUAAAACUGUUCAAUAACUUAAGUUAUACGAAAAAAAAGGUAAAUAUUUUUUUGUCAGUUUUACUAAUAACUAUAAGUAGUUCUGCCGUUCUCGAGAAUGUUCUCCGUUUACUAUACAAAACUGAGAACGUUCUCGAGAACGGCACAACUAUACUAUGAACCUUUUUUUUAAAUUCACAAAUUCAUUGAAAGAAUUGAAAGCAUAAAUCAUACAACAUUUUUACGUCUUCUGGCCUCAGAAAUGCGUAGUUAAAAAUUUUUGCGUUCCUCGUGUUACACCGUGUAUAAAACAACGCGCCUCAAACUAUCUUAAUACUAAAUGUUCAGAUGUUUUUGAGUUCUUCGUCUAUGUACAUAUACUCAACAAACCUAUCAAAGCAUAUUAAAAUUAACUAAGCCCUCAAAGUACAGUCACGUACAGUUUAAUUGUGGAUCCACAUAGGGUUCAACCCAAUUUGGUUGCCAAUACCAACGGUAUGAAUGGCCAAUGUAAACCCCAAGUGACUCAACAAUUUAAUUCCGUCACUGUACAUCAAUAGGACAUUUAUUCUUUUUGAAUAUUUUGCGUGUACAGUCAGCAUUAAUAACUAAUAGUAGCUGAUGAAACAACGCGCCAAAAGUAUCUCAUCCCAGAUAACUUUUCCAAAUAAAGAUAAAUUUAUGAAAUUCACGUCCCAAAGUAUUACACUUUUACAGUCUCAAUUGUUCUAUAUUAAAGACAUCAGUUUUUGUUAAGCUGUUAUAGAAUGGUAGAUACUUAUGAAGCGUUAUUUGAUGCGCUACUUCUGAUGCUGACUAUACAUAGACAAUUUUGAUAGGUUUUCAAAUAAUAAAUGUGUUUUCAUAUAAUUAUAAAUAUUUAAAAAGUCUUGUCCACUAAAUUUCUUAAAACAUAACUCCAAUACUCCAAAUGAGAUUACAUUAAUUUCGGACUCAUUCAUAUCGUAUCCUAUAACUUGUUACUAUACUAUUUCCUAUAUUAUUUCAAGAUCUAAAAGUCGAUAGACAUGGAUUAAGUGCCAAAAAUAUGUGUACACGACCUUAUUGUAAUAGAUUUACAGUACAUAUGGUGCUACUUUACCGCACUAGUGCGAAAAUUAGCAUAUUACAUUACUAUGUCGAAUAUUAAAAGGGCCAUAUGUACUGUAAAACGUUGGACGAUACAUGUGCGAAUAGGCAAUACGCAACUCGGUCGUGUUUUAAUUUAUCGCCACUCGUAUCGAAUUUCCUAUUUUUCGCACUUGUAUCAUAAUGUACUAUUAACUGACUGUAUUUUGGUCUAUUAUUUUAUCAUUUCUUGGUGGACAGGCUUUUAAAAUUAAAUACACAAAACCUAGAUAAAAUAGUGGUUCAACACAACUAUCAUAGUUUAUACACAUUAAUUUUUACACGUUUUUAAAGCGGCGUGCACGAAAUUAAUAUCUGUGUUAAAAUAAUAUCUUGAUUUUAAUUUCGCAUAUGUAGGCCGCCAUUUAAAACUUACUGAUAUGUCACAAAUAUCUUAACAGCUUAUAUUUGAUAUCGAUAAAAAAGUCUUUAUGAUUGUAUUCCAAUAAAACUAACUAAGGAGCUAUAAUACCACGAAAAAAUAUAGGUAGAGUCAAACCAAGAUGUUAUUCUAAACAUCCAUGAAAUUAUGACGUUUACUUAACACUUGCACAGACUGGGCUAAAUCGCUGCCAACUUAGCUUGGUCUGAUUCUAUGUACAUAUUUAAAAGAAGUUUGAAAACAGGAACGAAUUUAGAUAUUACAGUAUUAUUUAAUGAGCGGGUGCGGGGCCGGUCGUGUCGAUGUAAUGACAUAUGUCAUGUAUAUAUGACAUACGAACAUACACGAAGGUAUACGUAAAUACAAAUAAUCAAAACGAGAUGAAAUCUCUAGUUUGACUUCUCUUUGAGAGUUAUUGACUGAAGAAGAGUUGUAAACUAUCAGAAAUCUUGCCACAAAGUUUAACUUCUUUUUGUGAAUUGUUAAACGGGACAAAAUUCUUUUCGAUGUCGUGUCACUAUCACGUUUGUAUAGAUAUGUUACCAAUAUGUAAAUAAAUAAACUCGAGUUUUAUUGUAUGUCUUUCUAUACUCUGCAUCUUUAGGUAUUUAAAUAAAAGUAAACAAAAUCUACCCUCAAAUGGCUCCUUAAGCCAGUUGAGAGUAGAUUGAAACAUUACAUGAUCAAAUAAUGUAGGUUAAAGUCAGGUCGUUCAGUGACAGAUCCAGGCGCUUUGUAUUUGGUCGGUUAACCAAUAAAUGUUAUAACUACCCGAAAAUUUACAAAUUGUUUGUUUACUUUUAUUUAAAUACCUAAAAAUACAGAGUAUAGCUGUAGAUUAUAUUUUACACGAAAAAUUAAAAACAAAAUUUAAUUUCAUACAAAAAGCUCCACUCUGUCACGUUUUUGACGCAAACGUCAAAUUUUGAUAGCCAGAGUUACCAUUUAAUGUAUGAUGUAAGUCAUAUAUUUACGACAUUGUCAUUACAUGGACUGUUCGAUUGUUAUAACGUAGAAGUUCAUUUUUUACCACGUCGAGAGUAAGGAAUAAAUAAUUUGUAAAUAAUAUUUAUAUUUUUGUGUCCUGUAAUAGUUUUAUUUUUCUCAUUUUUUUUCUACGAAAUUUUAUUGGACGACGAAACUUAAGUGAGGUUGUAUUUUUUUAGAUAAAUGAAGACUUGGUUGGCAUUUAUUCUAUUUUGGUUGUUAUGGAGGAUUCUCGAGCCGGAUCGGAGAAUUUUUGAGAUUUUUUUCUCAGACAUUCUCGGCUUUUUUUAACCCUUGUACCGCCGCGCGGCUACAACUCCAUGUCAGCCUUCGUGCAUUCCGACAAGGUUCACUAUCACGCGCCGCGCACGAUACGAUAUGUGGCGUUUAAAGGGUUAUGACUCAAAUACGUUUUGUCGUUAGACAGAUAAGUAGUUGAAUAUCUAGCAUAAUUUAUCUCUGUAAUAAGCUGGAGAAUGUUUGAUUUUUUUAAAUACUUUUUGUUAUACUGUGGUUAUACUUGUAGUUUGCGAUUGAUAGAUAGUGCAGACAUUAUACAUUUGAUACUUUAUCUUAUUAGUAUGUCUGUGACAAAGCAGACAAUUAGGGCAUAAAAUCAAAUGUAUUGAAUUUUCAGUCGCAAACGAGCUGUCUUUUUUUGUAAAUUUUAUUUAUUUUAAGUUACCAUUUGAGUGAGUUGACUUUUACUUCUAGAAAGUUCUCGAGUCGUCUCGAGAAUACUCCGCUUGUCUUUAAGGUUCUCGUUUGCACUCGCAACUUCUGGUAUCGAAUUUACUAGAAAGAGAAUAAAAUUGUAAUAAAAAAUACAUUGUUUAUUGUUCAACAAUAAAAAUGUGCCAAAUA